ACCCCCGCCAGGCACAAUUGUGGAAGCGUUCCCGCUCUUCCAAGUCAUCUCCAGGUUUGCAUCUGUGCCGGCGUCGUCGUCAAGAAUGGCUCCCACGUCAACGCUUCUGGCUUUCCUCGGCGUCCUGCUGGGAACGGCGUUGGUGUGCGUCCUGGGCGAGUUCGUCUGCCCGAGCAAGAACGGCUUCUUCCCGGACCCCGAGCAGUGCGACAUGUACUACGAGUGCCGCAAGGGCGUGGCCAAGCCCAAGCUCUGCGGGGACGGCAUGGCCUUCCUGGACAACAACCCGCUCUACGCGCGCUGCGAUUUUCUCAGCAACGUCGACUGCUCCAAAAGGCCUUACCUACAGGAGGCCAAGUCGACGCCCAAGUGUCCCCGCGCCAACGGCUACUUCCCGCACGAGGACCCCCAGAACUGCGCCGAGUUCUACACGUGCAGCAACGGCGUGCCUUCCAAGCUCAACUGCCAGAAGGGACUGGCUUUCAACCCGCAGGUUGGGGGCUGCGAGUGGGCCGGACGGGUGCCGGGCUGCGAGCACGAGGCCAGGAACGCCCAGGUUCCGUCGGGUGUUUCCACCACUGAUUCUGCCGAUGUCGACGAAUGACAGCCUUCCACAAACUUCGACACCAUGGUUCAAGUCCAAGUCAUGUCCAUCAAUGCGCUGGUGAAGAAAGUGUCACUGCCUCAUGGAGACACCGUUUGUUGCGUAGCCUGUAAAUAAAGAUGCGAUUAAAUUUUACAAUGCCCAAUAAAACACG